AUGGCGACUAGAAUCACUCUGCCACUCCUACUUCUCUCUCUCCUCCUCUUCUCCCUCCUUUCCGCCCCGAUUCUCGCCUCUUCUACCGCCGACGACGACGACGAAGACCUCAGCUUCCUCGAGGAACCGGAAUCUGGCGACGCCGUGCCCGUCGACCACCCCCACUCUGAUGCCGAAUUCUCUGAGGCAGAAGAUGAGGACUUCGAGAACUACGACGACUUCGAUGUUCCUUCCGACUUCGCUCACGGCGAAGAUGGGGAUGAUGAGGUCGCCGCAUUUGACGAGAAGGAUGUUGUGAUUUUGGCGGACCGUAAUUUCAGUGGUUUCAUUGAUGAGAAUAAGUAUGUGAUGGUGGAGUUCUACGCGCCCUGGUGCGGCCACUGCAAGGCGCUGGAGCCUGAGUACGCGGCCGCCGCCACCGAACUCAAGGCAGCCAAUGUGAAACUUGCUAAGGUGGAUGCGACGGUGGAGAACGAGCUGGCGGAGAAUUAUGAAGUUCAGGGUUUUCCGACUGUGUAUUUUUUUGUGAAUGGGGAGCAUCAAACCUACUCCGGGCAACGUACGAAGGAUGCUAUUGUUACCUGGAUCAAGAAGAAAACCGGACCUGGUGUAUCCAACAUAACUACAACAGAGGAUGCAGAGCAUAUAUUAACGUCUGAGGAUAAGGUUGUUUUGGCCUUCCUCGAGUCGUUAGUGGGUCCGGACAGUGAAGAGUUUGCAGCUGCAUCAAAGCUUGAUGAUGAUGUUAACUUUUACCAAACUGCAAAUGCUAAUGUUGCAAAGAUGUUUAACCUGGAAGCUGAUGUUAAGCGCCCUGCAAUAGUCCUAUUGAAGAAAGAGGCGGAGAAAGUGACACAUUUUGAUGGCCAAUUCAAAAAGUCUGUAAUAGCUAAAUUCGUCUCUGCCAACAAACUUCCUUUAGUGAUAACUUUUAGCAGGGAAAGUGCUCCACUGAUAUUUGAGAGUCCAAUAAAAAAGCAGGUUUUGCUUUUUGCCACAUCUAAUAAUUCACAAGAGGCCUUUCAAGCAUUUCAAGAAGCUGCAAAUCUCUUCAAGGGAAAGCUUGUAUUUGUAUAUGUGGAUAUUGGCAAUGAAGAAGUAGGGAAGCCAGUGGCAGAUUAUUUUGGAAUCACUGGAGAUGCUCCAAAAGUUUUGGGCUAUAUUGCAAGUGAGGAGACUAAGAAAUUUGUCUUUGAUGGGGAAGUUACUCUAGAGAGAAUCAAGACAUUUGGGGAGGCUUUCGUGGAAGAAAAGCUCAAACCAUUCUAUAAAUCAGACCCAAUUCCUGAGAAGAAUGACGGUGAUGUAAAAAUAGUUGUUGGGAACAAUUUCGAUGAUAUUGUUUUGGAUGAGUCUAAAGAUGUUCUUCUUGAGAUUUAUGCACCGUGGUGUGGCCAUUGCCAAUCUCUGGAACCAACAUACAACAAGCUCGCCCAACACUUGCGUGGUGUUUCAUCUCUAGUCGUGGCGAAAAUGGAUGGCACGACGAACGAACACCCCAGUGCCAAGGCCGAGGGAUACCCCACAAUUCUGUUUUUCCCAGCAGGAAAGAAGAGUGCCGCUCCUAUUCCAGUUGAGUCUGAGCGCACAGUGGUGGCGUUCUACAAGUUCAUCAAGAAGCAUGCUUCUAUCCCUUUCAAGCUACCAAAACCUAGCUCGUCGUCGACCUCCACCGGUGAUGUGAAGGAUGAGCUGUAGACACUUGUUACAAAUUCUCUCUAAUCCCAUUGUGCUAAUAGGAAUCGGAACAAUAUCACUUACCAGUUUUGGUUAUAUAUAUGCGAUCAAGUUUUAGACUAAA